UUAACCGAGACGUGUCAAAAUCAAAACAAAAAAUCCUUAUCGCCGAAGGUCGCAAAGUGAAAAGUCUGUCGCGGAAAAUCAGAAUUUGUGCAAUCCGGUGCCCACCCUCCCCCGAAAACGUCCAUACGUCAAUCCGUUUCGAGUCCGUGCCACGACGACGAGUCGAAUACAGCAGUAGGUCAUCUGGUAAGAUCCGGCGGCAGCGCGAUGGAACCUCCGGCAUUUCAUCCGUGCGAUGAGGCUGUCAUUUCGACGAACGACGACGCCAGCAACUGCAAACGCUCGGCCGUCAAGCUCGGCUACUGGAAGGACGAUUUCCUGGGCUACUUCGUUCGCAGCCCGGACCGCAAGGCGCCGGAAAUAAACCGAGGCUACUACGCGCGGGUCAAGGGGAUCGAGAUGUGCAUCGAGAAAUUUUUCAAGAAAACAGGCGACAAAUGCCAAAUUAUAAAUCUUGGAUGCGGCUUCGAUACCUUAUACUGGAGACUACGUGAAUCGGGCCACAUGAUCACCAACUUCGUUGAGAUGGACUUCCCGACAGUUACUGCGAAAAAAUGUUAUAUGAUCAAACGAAAUAAAAUUUUGCUCGAAAAGAUACACGUCGAAGAUGGAGAAGUCCGCCUCAGUCCGACCGAUUUGCACUCAACCAAUUAUCACAUAGUCGGAGUCGAUUUGCGCAACAUCGACGAGGUGGCCAUCAAAUUACAGCAGUCCGAGGUGGACUUUAGCAUCCCGACAAUCUUCUUGGCCGAAUGUGUGCUGGUAUACAUCGAGCUGCCGAAUAGCAACAAUCUGCUGAAGUGGUUCGCUUCGAACUUCAAAUCGGCAGCUUUCGUCAACUACGAGCAGGUCAACAUGAACGACCGGUUCGGUGAAGUUAUGCUGAAUAACCUCAGACAGCGGGGUUGCAGUUUGGCAGGAGUGGAGGCUUGCGUAUCGCUGGAAACGCAAAUUUCUAGAUUCCAAAACUGCAACUGGCACGGAGCUCGAGCGUGGGAUAUGGUGCAAAUCUACCACAGUAUACCGGCGGCCGAACGUGCUCGAAUCGAACGCAUCGAAAUGCUAGACGAGGCCGAACUGUUGAUGCAACUGUUCCAACACUAUUGCAUCUCGGUGGCCUGGAUCGGCGAUUUAUUUCAAGAUAUCGAAAUCACUGUUGAGAAACGACUUUCAUCCUUGAAUAUUGACUAAUUCGAUCGAGAUGGCAUCUUUUGCUGUCACACUGUUCGUCGUACUGGCAGAUGUUGAACUUAUUAUUUAUUUCGUACAUGGCACUUUCUAGUUCAUUUUGUUUUCGUUGAUAGUGAUAGUCAAUAGGUUAAGAGAAAAAAUGCAAAAGUUACUUUUGUCGUGACUCAUAUGAGUUUUGUUUUUGAGUUGUCAGCUAAUAUAUUACCCAAUCCAGUCAUUGUCAAUCAAUUGCCAAAUAUAUUGUGUCCUUGACCCAUUAUACAGUUACACUACGAAACGGAAACGAACGUCUGCUUUCAAAGCUAUCGUGCAAAAUAUGAUCAAAAAAACAGUAUCUUUCAGAAUGUUCAACUCAAACCUAUUUAUCAAUGUAGUGUGAUGUUCUUGCAGAAACAAAUCAAACACAAUAUUUACGAUCAAAACUACAUUAACGAAGAAACAAACCAAACGAGUAGCAGUAUGUUAAACCAUAACCGAUAUAACAUACCAUUUAACUCCCAACAACUCUAAACGGAAAGUGUCUGACUGUAGGUAGAUUUAACAAAUUUUGUCGAUCGUAAUUCGUACUCGUCGGAGAUUUAGCAAAGUUAUAUGCACGGUUUGCCAUUGUUCAUCAUUCGAUCCCAUUAUUCUCGCACGAAAGAAAAACAUGCCAUUUAGCAAAUUUUGUAGGUAUUUCUUUGAGUUUUUACUUCACCCGAAAACAAAAUUACACAACAGAACGAACAGAGCAAGGAGUAUAGAAUGGAUAAAGAGUGUCUCUACAUUUCAGGUGUAUUGUUAAACCUAGACUUUCAGGUAGAACUUUGUUGCUGUAAUCGUAAGUCAUGGAAAAUAAAAUCGUGGAAAUACA